UCACUCAGAAAUUUACAUUUUAAUAUGUUUGUACACAUAUGAAUAUCUCGUUGAUCAAACUUUGGGGGAUUUCAAGAAGCUAAUUUGUGCCAAGCGACGAGUGUCGCCCACUUCAUCACUUGACAGCGAAAAAGUACAAAAAAUAUUGUCCACUUUGUCGGACUUCCCAUUUGUGGAAUUUCCACAAAGCAACGAAAAGAAGUUUGGGGAACCAGCCCAAAACAAAGCAAUUAGACAGACUUUCCCCUACAUGGGUCAAGAUAAACAUCUGGUUAAAAAACUCAUUUUACAGAACGUACCUGAAAUUCAGAUACGUGUUAUGAAAGAGAGAGAGAGCGAGAGGGAGCGGAUGAGAGAGAGGAACUGCUCGCUCCCUGUGGGGUUUCCUGGAAUUUAAUCGCUUCACUCAUUCGCCCACUCGCCAGUCGACAGAGUAAAUUAUGCAUACAUAGCCCACAUUGACCAAUUGACAUUCUGGGUAAUAUCGUAUCGAAUCUAUGAAUAGUUCGCGUUCUACGCACGUGCUGCACUGACGCGAGCGAGUCAAACCUGUUGUCCAGUUGAGAACAACAUGAUCUCGAAGGUACAAAAGCGCGGCACACGUCGAGACGCGGCUCAUUCACAGUUUAGCGAGCGACGCGAGCUAAAGAUCAACAACCGAUCGCAUAGAUUUACAUUAUUUACGGAUAUCUUCUUGGAUAAUUUGGCAGGAUGCAACUAUUUAUAAGCAGCUUGGGCCUAAUAUUGUUGGCCAUGCCAGCGUUGGUCUUGAGUCAGACAACAAACAACAGAUGUUACACCCCCGAUGGCGAGUCUGGCAACUGCAUCCCAUACCAGCAAUGUCAAUUCGUGAAGGAUGUGCAGAACAGAUAUGGACGCAAUGUGCCCCGUUCGAUACAGAAUCAGAUUAGGCAAAUGUUUUGUAGUGUUGAAAACCAAUCGGGAAUUCAUUUAUGCUGCCGCAAUUCUCCUGAGAUCAUAGCACAGAGUGCUAAUAAUCCCAGCCGGGAUUCAUUGACUAAUACUAAAGCUCCGUUGAGCACGCGCCAGACGAAUGCAAAUCUGAGACGCAUUGAUGCACGUGGCAUGGCCCUGCUCGACUCGGUCAAGGAUUGCGGCAAGAAAGCCAAUACGAAGCUAAGCGGCGGAGAUAUUACAAAAAUCGGCGAGUUUCCUUGGAUUGUGCUGCUUAAAUAUGAGACCUUCGGACGACCAUUCCUUUGUGGAGGCAGCUUGAUCUCCGAUCGUUUUGUCCUGACAGCCGCGCACUGUGCGCAGGAAGAUAAUUUGCCUAUUCAAGUGCGCAUGGGCGAACACAAUUUGGAUACCGAAAUGGACUGCCAAUUUCUGGGCGGGCGGCGCAGGGAGUGCUUGCCACCCUAUGAGGAGUAUGGCAUCGAGGACAUACGCGUACAUCCCAACUAUAUGGUUAACAACAUCAACAAUGACAUAGCUCUGAUUAAACUUGAUCGAGCCGUUCAGUUCAAGUCCCACAUCAAGCCCGUCUGCCUGCCCAUUGAUCGUCAGUCCAAGGAUAUAUCAUACGAUCAGAGCUUCUUCAUCUCGGGCUGGGGUCGCACCCAAGACAACAAGCCAUCCUCAGUGCUGCUGAAGGCUGUGAUCAGGCGGGAGGAUUUGAAUGUAUGCCGCAAUUUCUAUCCAGGUGCUCCGAUCAGCGAGAAUCACAUCUGUGCUGUCGGAGACGGCAUUUUGCACACCUGCCGUGGCGACUCCGGCGGCCCACUCUUCUUCCGCCAUGCUUUUAAGAACACGGUGCGCUACGUCCAGUACGGCAUUGUCUCUUAUGGCGGUUCGCGGUGUGGCAAGCGAGAGAAUCAGCCAGGCGUAUUCGCCUCUGUCCUGGACAUGUUACCCUGGAUCACACAGAACGUAUAUUAAGGACACGUCUUGCUUCUCCGGUCUCUUAUACUCAUUAUUAUUUAUUCGUUAGAUUAGCUCUCAAUGCCAUUGCAAUAGUCACGCUUGGAGAUUAUUAGUCGU